AUCCUGUGUAAACCAAAUGUAAGACUUCUGCAUACUAGCUAGUGUGCUGCACAACUACCAUCAAUCUUUACACAUGACAAUUUGAUUUCAAAUGUACAUUUGGAAUUUGGAAUCAACAAGCAAAUUGUAGGGUAUUUCAAUAUAUAAGAUGACAAAAAAUUUCCUCCUGGAUGUUAUAAGAACAUUUCCAAGUGAAAAAUAUCCUGGACAUUAUCCGGCACUGUUAAUUUUUUAAUCCGGAUUUGUGGAUAUUUUGCACUUUUUGCAUUGAUUUAACGCUUCAGUUGUUUUUAAAAUCUUCGGAAGGAUGAAGAGGAAAUUCUAGUCAAGUUUGAAGGAACGCAAAGCAAUGGAACCACGGAAGUUAAUGGUGCUUCAGAAACAAAUGAAAAAGUGAAAACUCAGAAAGAUGGCGCGUUAUGCCGAGAAUUAGAUUUACAGUUAUCACCACUUUGUCAAUCUGAAUCUAUCAAAGAUAACGAUGACGAAGUUGACAACACUGAAGGUAGAAAAUAAAUCUCAAUUUUUACUUAAAAUGAUCACCUUCUAUCCAUGUAUGUAGUGUUUUUACGUUUUGCGAAUGGUUGAUGAUAACGAUGAAGGAUAAUUAACACUUAUAUUCACUGAAGUUUGAGGUGAAUAGUUGCACUGUUCAUUGUUCUAUAGCAUACACAUGACUAAAAACAACAAAAAUAAGCCACAGUCAAAAUGAAGUCUAUAGCAAAUUUAAAAAGAAGACAUAUGCGAUAUCCAGGUGAUCUGACGGUGAGCAAAAGGACUGGGACUAGCAACAGAAUAGAAAUCCAGUUUCGUACCCUUCAUCACUUGUCACGCCCUGAUUCUUUUGUGAAACUCUUUGAAACUUUGUGUCUGUGUCUUGCACAGGGAAAUAAGUGUCUGGGACAAAUUUGAGAUAGAAAUCUAAUAUCGUUAAUGAGAUAUUGAGUAAUUUUAAACCAGAAAAACCAGAAAUGGAUUUCUAUUUUACAACUAGUGCCAGGCCUUUUCCGAGUUUUGAGAUCACCUGGAUAGUAGUUGAAAAUACAAGAAUUAUGUAAAAUUAACGAGGAAUUUUAACAGUUAGGAAAUUUUUUUCGUCGACUCCCUUGUUGACCGUACACACCAGAAAGUAAAGCUGUCAAGUAAACUUGUCAAGCAAAACGUGCUCAUCGGUACGGGGCUUAAGAUUAGCUUGUUUAUCUGAAAGUCUGAGGCCACUCUGUCUGCAUUACUUUACUUAAUUACUUUUCCAGAUUCAGCGCCCCGAUUAAUAUCUCAGAUGCUGUCAGCAGAAUAUAUACUACUAUUGUUGUUCCUCAGCAUUUCCAACCUUCGUCUGUGGUUUUAUGUUGGUAGCUUAAACUCGUAUUUGGAAUUUAUGUCUGGCAAUGACAUGGAUACAGGUAAGUAUAGAUUUGUGGAUUAAAGAUCUCGUUUCCUAUAUAUACAAGAUCAACUCUAGAUCUCAUGACUUAGAACUCGCAAACUAAAUGGAAAUGCGAGGGAGGGGGAGGCCAUGGUGUUUAACAAGGUCAUUCCCCCUUGGAACAAUCUGUGGAGGGGGGAGAAAUCAAUCGAUGGGAGGGGGAGGGGAAGAAUCGCAUGGCCGCAGGACCAAUAUUUUCAUUUUUCGCAACUGUUUCUGGUUAGGUCUGAUAAAUGUAUAUACAUUUGAAAUUUCCACUCGAUAAUUUCGAUCUAAAAACCCUUCAACUAUUAUUCAUUCCAGUGAGAUGCUAACAAAUUCUUGAUAUUUAUCCAUAACCUAACAUGGCAGUACCCUGUAGUAUAUAUAGUAGAACUUGUGGUUACUCACGACACUUUUGUAUAUAAAAGAGCGUGUGAAUUAAACAAGUCAUAUUAUUAUUAGCACUGAUGAAGAUCCGGGCGUACGGAUCGAAAGCUUUGCAGUAAUAAAUUUACGUGGUGUUUUCCACAAACAAAAAGUGUUAUAUAACUUGUGGUUAGUUCCAUAUACGCUAUGAAUUGCUUUCUUCAUUCUUUGUAUUAAUUUUUUGGUGGGAUCUUCCCCUCUCCCCUUCCAGGAUAUAUUCAUGGAACUAUAUCAUUAAUAUCAAUCAUGUUGUCUGUACUUUCAAUCGUAUAAUUAAUUGUAAAGUUAAUGAAGAAAGUAUAGAUGAAAUGAAAAUUGUUUUGUUGGUUUCUAUCGUUAGUAGGGGUGCACCGGAACUCGGUUCCGGCCGGUUAGUUCCGGGCGGAACCCCGAUUUUUUAGAGUUCCGGUUCCGGCCGGAACUAGUAAAAAAAGCAUGGCCGGAACCGGAACUCUGUCGUUUUCAGGGAGAUAGAAUAUCAAACGUUUUUGUGUCUAACAAAAGGUCACAGUAGGAAGAAAGUUGGACUACGCAAGGGAAAUGUACACUAUUAACACUUCAUUAUGACGUUUAACGUUUGUCAGUCUUUUAUUCUGACAUUUGCGAACUCUCUACUUGAUGAUUUGAAGUGUCUGCUUGUCUGGCAGCGGACAAAGUAACAUAUGACUAUAUAUGGUUUAAUAAAUUAGUUCCGGUUCCGGCCGGAACUUCCGGCCGGAACUUUUUUCCAGUUCCGGUCGGAUCCGGUUCCGGCCGGAACUUAAAAAACCGGUUCCGGUGCAUCCCUAAAAUUCGUUAGCUACAAGACCAAUUAGCAAAACAAAAACAGUUAAUUGAUCUGAAUGUUCACCUUUCAAUAUAGUAAGCCACUACACCAAUUGGUUUGGUAUCAUACAGUUUGCUGGUUUUUUCUUUGCCCCUGUCGUUGGUUUUGUCAUGGAUUGGAAACCGAAGAAAAAACGAAAUGAGAAAACAGAUAUUGGUUUCGUAUUUGGUUUCCUUCUCACAUCAUUCGUCGGUUUAGUUUUGAAUAUUCUUGUUCUUGUGCCUAGUCUUCCUGUGCAGGUAUCAGAGCUAUGACAGUCAGGGUCGGUUGUGUAGUUCUAAAAUUUUAACAGGGGGAGGGCUUUCAGACAUGUAUCACCUUCAUUUUAAAUGAUUAUGAAGAUUAUCUCAGUCUUACGUAGCUUUCAAUGAACAUGUUUUUUUUUUACUCUUUUGAGAUUUGUGUCAUUGAAUCUCAGUAGGCAAAUAAUGUACUAAUAUUUUGUUUUAACUUUAUAAUUGUUUUCUCCAUUUUGGGGGAACAAAACUUGUUAAAUGUGAGAGAAUUUAAAUGGUCGUUUAACAAAUAAUUAGUUAUAGUCUUUUCAUAAUAUUUUAUUGAAUGGUAUUGACAACAGUGGGAUUUUCAGUGGCGCCGUGGCCGGGGGGGCCCCCCCCCCCCCUAUUGUGGAGACCCGUCGGAAAAUUGUGAAUGUUGUCGGAAAUUUUUGGGAAAUUGUCAACGUUGUUCGGAAAUUGUUAAAGUUGCCGACGUUGGUAUAUUCGUAAAAUUGUGGAUAAAUGGAGAAAAUUGGUGAUGUCCGGAAAAAUUUUUAGAUGUGACAAAAAUUUUGGUAUGUCCGGAAAAAAUAUUUGACCCCUAAAAUGGUACACUGACCGAAAUUCGCGACGUUCCUGUCGGAAACAAUUUUCCGGUUUGUCGGAAAAGUACUGCCCUUGCCCCCCCCAAAAAAAAACCAAAAAAAAACAUGGGUCCCACGGCGCCACUGGGGAUUUUCAAAACAAGGAACACAUAACGGAACAUUUCGAUCACUGCAUCGUGAAUGGAAUGCAAUAAUGUUAUCCUAAAAUAAAUGAAAACAUAAGACCCACUAUUUUCAUUUACUGUAGUAUGCUUCAUUUGUUGUUCAAGUUGUGUUUCGAGCGUUUCUUUACUCCGUUUAUGCCGCAUUUAUUCUACACAAGUAAGUGCAAUUUUUAAAUAAUUGAUCAUGAGCCCAUGACCGGAAUUAGAUACUAAUUCCCUCCGCCUAUUUAACAAUUAGUCGCCGAAGUUGGGGUGAUUUACAGGAGGGAUAAAUUACAAGUAUAUAGGCUUGUAAUCACCGAGCCAGAGGCAACUAAUUGUUUUAGUAUAAUUUCAGUAUUGAAAACGGUUUUAUUUAUUUUAUUUAUUUCUGCUUCUGAAAUUGUGCCGAGUCCGUGAUUAAUGGGAGGGGGGAUUACACACCCACACACACCCUCUAGCUACGCCCCUGCUCGCAUGAUGCAUCCAAAGGGCCAAUUAAAGCUUGCAAAAUAUUAUCAAACAUGAUACUAUACAUGCAAUUUUGAAUACUGCGAGUUGAUUGAUGUCUAUCUAAAUAAAUUUAACAGUUACUAAUUCUAAAAUGUUUUUAGAACAAUAAAUAUUUAUUCUCCUAAAAAAAGUUUUCUGUCAUUUUGAUUGAUGUAGAUUUCCACUCGUACAUUUUGGACGAUUAUUUGGCGUCGGUCAUAUAAUAUCGUCAGUGAUAGGUGCUACACAGUAUGGAUUAUUUAUAAUUGCAGAGGACACUCUUGAAAAAGAUCCAUUUUGGGUAAGUUUUGAGAGACCUCGAUAUUUCAUGUCCAAGAACAUGAAAUCCAUCCAAGGACGUAGCCCCCGGGGUGGUGCAGCAGGUUUAACCCCCUCUCUCCUCCAAUACUUGUUCAUGAGUAAUGGACCUUUCCCCUUAUAACUAAAAUUUCGAUCUAGACAAAAAUUUCAUCACAGCUUGAAAGAGCAUCAUAAAAUUAGUAAUAUUCCAAAGUUUUGUUGCAAAAUCUUGUAAAAUGCGGAUAACAUAGCCUUGCGAAGUUUGCCGUUUUUCAGUCAUUUUGUAUUACAAACGGGAAAUUGGCAUCCGAUUCGGGUGUUGGGGCUGCAAUUUCCCGUUUGUAAUGCAAAAAUGACUGAAAAUUGCAAACUUCGCAAGGCUCUAUUUUCCUCAUUUUACAACAUUUCGCAACGAAACUUUGGAAUAUUACUAAUUUUGUGAUGCUCUUUCAAGCUGUGAUGAAAUAUUUGUCUAGACUUGCCUAGAUCAAAAUUUUGGUUAUAAGGGGAAAGGUCUAUUGCAUGUACGAAAAGUUCUAGGUAAUUUGAGAUCAUUUUGUAGGUAAAUGGACAACUUGUAUGUUUGAUUAAAUUUAAUCUAAGUAAAGAGAAGGGAAUCCAACACCACAGUUAAAAAGAACAUAAUGAAAAUUAGUAAAAUAGCAAAAUUUGGUUGUGAAAUGAUAUAAAGCUUGGAAAGUAUAGCCUUGCAAAGUUUGCAAAUUUUGUAUAUGUUUGUAUUACGUGCGGAAAUUUUUACCAUUUUCGGCUUCAAAAAUGCCGUAACGAUUUCCGCACGUAAUACAAACAUAUACAAAAUAUGCAAACUUCGCAAGGCUAUAUUUUCCGUAUUUUACAACAUUUCGUAACCAAAUUUUGCAAUUUUACUAAUUUUAAUUUUUAAUAUUUAUUAAGUUCUUUACGGGAAUUUACUUUUUUUGCCUAGAUCAAAAAUUAGUCUAACAUGCAAGUCCCGCAUUAUAAACGCAAGCUAAAAAUGCAAAUUUGGUUGCAUUUCUGGGCUUUCCAGUGUCCAUUAAUUUCUCAGGGAAACAUAAAAGUAAAAAAAUCCCCCGAACUCCCCUGGUAGAUUCAGUCCCAUAUCCCAUUGUACCAAUGAAACACCUGUUACUCGAAUCUACCCAUGAAAAACAACACUAAAUUUUAAAAACUUAAUUUAAACGUCGCCCCCAACGACAAAGUCUUCGCCACGACCUAAAUCCAUCCACUUAUCCGCAAAGGUGGAUACUCGUUUUAAUAUCAAUCGUUUUUUUAGGUAAAUGUGGGUCUUCUAGUGUUGUGUUUGUUUCUCAAUAUCCUCCCGGCCUAUCUAUGGUUCAAAGAAGCGAGACAAGAUCGACAGAAAAAACGUAGUGGGGUAAAACGUAUAGUAAUUCGAUAGUAGUAUACGUGUGCACUCUGGAGUUGAGUGGAGAGAGGGUAAGGUCACGGUCUUUGCCAUCCUGUCGUCCAUCUGUGUUAUGCUUAUAGAUGAGCAUCUACAUCGUAGAAUUGGAUAGACGUGCUCCAAGUCUCUCUUUCAUCGUCAUAUAGUAUCGAUCCACUAUAAUGUAUAUUACAUGACGUAGUACGGAGGGGCGGAGCGAGAGACUUGUCAACUUCGGAAAAUCUCGGUUCAAAACUGAACCGAAAAUGCAAGACUUGCUUUAAUUGUAUUCUGUCAGUGUUUAUAUGCAUUGAUCUAGCACAGUGUAAAUAACGUGAGUUCCAUUAUAGUAAAUAAUACAGAAAGAAAUUGAAGGAAAACAAUUAAGCAAGUCUUGUAUUUUCGGUUCAGUUUUGAACCGAGAUUUUCCGAAGUUGACAAGUCUCUCUUUCUCGCUCCGCCUCUCCGUGCUACGUCAUGUAAUGUACACUAUAGUGGAUCGAUAUGACAAUGAAAGAGAGACUUGGAGCAAGUCUAAGAAUUAGACGGCCGCUUGAAAGAGGCGACUUUUGGACAGCCAACCAUUGAAAAGCAGCUAAAAAUUGUGGAUCGAAUGUCAGAGCUUUAAAUAACUGUCGUACGUCGGACAUUUUUAAGGAUGCAAGGGUAUCAUAUCCGACUGGAUAGCGAGAUAAUUUCAUUAUAUCCAGCCGGGGUCGGAUACUGGAUAUUGUUUAUUUUGGGUUCAGGUCUACUUUUCAGGUUAAAAAUGAUGUAAUAUGGUUUAAAAAGUACAAGUAUUAAUCAUAUUUAUACUUGAAAUGAUCGUAAAAAAGCUGGCAAUAUUUUCAAGAUUUUGCAUGCUUGCUUGUGAAAUCAGAGUGUUCAACCUUCCUACGGCUACGGGUUUAAAUUUCAAGUUUUCACAUUUUUUUAAAUUGUAAAAUAUAUAAAUUAUAUCACACCAUAGCCAAUCGAAGGGAAGAUGGCUGUGAAACUUAUUCAUAGAAUAACAACAUAACUCAUCUAUGUUAGUCAACGUGUAUUCAUAAAUCUGGUCUUUCACCGUCAUGCGUGUAUUGUAUUUUUGCCAAAUCCACCAAUAACAAUUUCCCUAUUGUUCGAGUAAUGGAUAGGUAACUUUCCUAAAACAUUGCUAUUGGUUAGUUGGGCAAAAAUACAAUACGCACGUGACGGUGAAGAACCAUAUCUAUGAAUAAACGUUGACUAACAUAGAUAAUAAAUUUUAUUAUAUAGUAGAGAGUGAGAUACUCAAAAAUACACAGUGAGAUAUUUUCCAUAUCUUCACUAGUGAAGAUAUUGAUCAUGUGACAAUUUGACAUUUUGCUUUUGAGCGUGAAAUUUCACAAUUGUUUGCUUGGGACUAUAUAAUAAACAGAACAUUACACGGCGACUUGAAGAUAUCACUUUUAUCUUCUCGUGUUAAAAACAAUAUUUUCUCACUCGCUGCGCUCGUUCGUAAAAUAUUGUUUUCACCACUCGAAGAUAAAAGUCAUCUUCGCACCGCCGUGUAAUAUCCUCUAUAUAUUGUUAUUCUAAUGAGUUUCACAGCCAUCUUCCCUUCGAUAGAAUAUGGUAUAGCCUAUAGGUAUUUGUAUUAUGGUAUAGGUAUACUCAAAUUAUAACAAGAAGGUGAAUUUCUAAAGGUCACUUAAUUUUUAGACACCCUGUCAUGGGUGGUACCCUCAUUUUGCAACUCUGAAUAGUUUUAGCAAAACGUUUUUGAUUGUACAAGUUGAGCUCAAUGGACAACUUGCAUGUUAGACUAAAUUUUAAUCUAAGCAUAGAAAAGGGAAUCAAACACCACAGGUAAAAAGAACAUACUGAAAUUAGUAAAAGUGCAAAAUUUGGCUGCGAAAUGUUGUAAAGCUUGGAAAAUAUAGCCUUGCAAAGUUUGCAUAUUUUCAAUAUAUUUGUAUUACGAGCGGAAAUUGUUACCAUUUUCGGCUCAAAAAUGGUAACAAUUUCCGCACGUAAUACAAAUAUACUGAAAAUAUGCAAACUUUGCAAGGCUAUAUUUUCCAAGCUUUACAACAUUUCGCAACCAAAUUUUGCAAGUUUACUAAUUUUAAUAAGUUCUUAACGGGAAUUUACUUUUUUUUUGCCUAGAUCGGUUAGAUGAAAAAUUUGUCUAACAUGCAAGUUGUCUAAUGCAGGGACGAUAAGUUUCUUAAACACAAAUUUUAAUUACGAUAUUCUCAGACUAUGCUUUACACUGCGUUAUAUUACAAUUAUAAUUUAUUAUACAUGAUUUUUGAGUUAAAUAAAAUGAAUCGUGUUAUUCUGCAGAAUGUCAUUCAACUAAUUCAUUAAUUCAACUAAAACAUUCAUCUCUGAGGAUGGUUCUGAAAUAGAAUUGAAACACUGCGCGUCCUCAAAGACAAGCGUUAAGUCGUCACGAAAAUAUUUCGUGCACUUAAAUUGGAUAAGACUCGCUACCAAUCCCCGUUGACUCGAUAGCUCAAUAGGUAGAGCGGCGGUCUAGAUACCCGAAGAUGCGAGUUCAAAUCCCGCUCGAGCCAACGAAUUUUUCGUUGCUCGAUUGCAGUGUCAGAUUAAUAUGAAACUAUAUAUUACGAAAGUCACCAAACUGUGGAAUCACAUCAAAAAUUCGUAUAUCGACCACUCCCACCUACAUAUUUUUGCAUGUUUACAAUUCUAAUUUUAAACAGCCAAUCAACAUUUAAUUGUAAUUGUUACCAAGAACCUGAUUGGCUGUUCAAAAUUAGAAGUGUAAACAUGCAAAACUAUGUAGGUGCGGUUGUAGACGUUUGUGGGAAUGGCCGAUAUACAAAUUUUUUUAUGCGAUUCCACAGUUCGGCGACUUUCGUAAUAGCGUUUAAUGGAAGUUUAAAAUAGCGUUUACCACAGGAAUUUUCGAUGGUGUUUCCAUGAUACACAAAACAAUCGUACUGUAGUUAUGUAACCAUGCAAACACACAAGUUUCUUUCAAUGGCUAUCUACAUUCUUAAACCUCCAAUGAGUUUAGGAUUCCAUCAGGUUUGGCAGGAACCUCCAAUCAGGCAAUGAAAAGCCAAAAGAUGAAAAUCAAUGCCACCCACAGAAAUACUUUGGAAAGAAAUUGUUCUUGUGCUGCUUGCGGUGAUCCAGGGGCUGGGGCU